AUGGCUGAUUUACAAGGUCGGAAGGUCUUCAAGGUUUUCAACCAAGACUUCAUCGUCAACGAGCAAUAUAACGUGACAAAAGAGCUCGGUCAGGGAGCCUAUGGCAUCGUGUGCGCCGCGACCAACAUCCAGACCGGCGAGGGCGUCGCCAUCAAGAAGGUUACCAAUGUCUUCAGCAAGAAGAUCCUGGCCAAGCGGGCUCUGCGAGAGAUCAAGUUGCUGCAGCAUUUCCGUGGCCAUCGCAAUAUCACAUGCCUGUACGAUAUGGACAUCCCCCGACCGGACAACUUCAACGAAACAUAUCUUUACGAGGAAUUGAUGGAAUGUGAUUUGGCUGCCAUCAUCCGCUCCGGCCAGCCCUUGACCGAUGCCCACUUCCAAUCGUUCAUCUACCAGAUCCUCUGCGGUCUCAAGUACAUUCACUCCGCCAAUGUCCUGCACCGUGAUCUCAAGCCCGGUAACUUGCUGGUCAAUGCGGACUGUGAGCUGAAGAUCUGCGAUUUCGGCCUGGCCCGUGGUUUCUCAAUCGACCCCGAGGAGAACGCGGGGUACAUGACCGAGUACGUCGCCACGCGAUGGUAUCGUGCACCGGAGAUUAUGUUGAGCUUCCAGAGCUAUACCAAAGCCAUUGACGUCUGGUCCGUGGGCUGCAUUCUAGCGGAGCUCCUCGGCGGCCGACCCUUCUUCAAAGGCCGCGACUACGUCGACCAGCUGAACCAAAUCCUGCACUACCUGGGCACCCCCAACGAAGAAACCCUGGCGCGCAUUGGAUCUCCCCGCGCACAGGAAUACGUGCGCAAUCUGCCCUUCAUGCCCAAGGUAGCCUUCAAGUCGCUCUUCCCGAACGCCAACAACGACGCCUUAGACUUGAUGGACAAAAUGCUCGCCUUCGACCCGUCCUCGCGUAUCUCCGUCGAGGAGGCGCUCGAGCACCCCUACCUGCACAUCUGGCACGACGCCUCGGACGAGCCCGUCUGCCCAACAACCUUCGACUUCCACUUCGAGGUCGUCGAGGAAGUAGCCGACAUGCGCAAGAUGAUCCUCGACGAGGUCAGUCGCUUCCGCGCAACGGUCCGUCAGCAGUCGCAGGCGCAUACCGCCCAGCAACAGCAGAUCGCGCAGCAGACUAAUGUCCCGAUCCCGGAGAACCAUGGCUCUUGGAAGACGGAGGAUCCGAGACCUCAGGAGGCUACCGCGGGCGGUGGUUACGGUAAUGAUUUGGAAUCCUCGCUGCAGCGCGGCAUGGAUGUGCAUCACCGAUAG